CCAAAACCUCAAAAUACCAAAUUUGCAACCUGCGAUCUGUCGUCUCCCGCCAUUUUCUUCAGGCGAGCUACAUCUGCACUCAACUGUACUCAACUUACAAUUUCCUACAACCACAUUCAAGCCUAUCCAAGAACACAGCAAAAUAAACGCCCUCUGUCAUGUCUCAACUAUUUGAGCACACGAGACUCGUAUAUUAACCUCUCCUCAAAAAACAACCUCCUCAACAACCCGUCGCAAUCAAAGUGUCAAAAAAAUUCUCCAGUCCCGUUGAAUUCUUUAGAUGAUUCCUUCUAACGAUCCCAGUAUUUCGUUAAACAAAACGCCAUGAACGCAAACAAUAAUCUUGCUCGUCAGAGAAAUCGCGAAAUGGAAGAGAACAGAAUACAAAGGCUAUUAGCUUCGGAGUAUACAGACUUUUCUGAUACCAUCAUCGUGGAGUCUUCUUUCGCUGAAACAACUAGAAGCGGACGAGGAAUCCGUCAGGUUUCGCUUGGUCUCACGUCCACUAAGUUGAUCAUAGCUGCGGAUGUUUUUAGAGGGACACCAGAUUUUAUUUGUCCUCAUGAUCUGGACCCUAGUAUCGAGAGCUUUGAGCUGAUAUCGGUGUAUCCUUUGCAAUAUGUUACCCUCAGCGUUUUCAACAGGAGACGUCGCAAAACUUUAAAGGCAAGAUUCGUCGAUGGAAGGACGACUUAUUACGAGCUCUCCGGCAUUCAAAGAAGAAACCUUCAUUGGCAGAAAUGGUGCAAACACAUAGACCAUCUACUCUCAAGAGCAGUGGAUGGAAGUUCCCUAUCAGAAACCACAGCCGCAAGCUCAUCGAGUAGUUCAACCCUGUACAUCCUAUCAUCGGAGAUCGAGAUCCAAAGAGACGCUGACAAAGGAACGAACAAAAUGCAGGUGGUACAAGUGCUUCCUUUUUAUAUAAUCGUAUUUCACAGAAGUUAUACCGAAAACAGAAUAUGGGCCCAUUACGGAGGAGCAGGUGAUCAUAUACCUCCAACGUGGACCAGAAAGGACUUGUACCUGGGUCCUUCUUACAACGAGUUGGCCAAUGGUCACUACACACCGAUUCCCGUGCGAUUUGCUGGCGCGAGUCUCGAGAUAAUCAAGGAUGAACUGAGAGAUCUGUCUCCGAACCGAUUGGAGAAGGCCACCAAAAGUUGGCCGACCUGCAGAUGCUCUAAGGACAAGAACGGUGGACUGUGUGACGUGCUGUUCAUUAGAGACCACAGUCGCAAAUAUUACAACGCGAAGAAGUUCUCCGUGGCCUGUCAGAGUUGUCCUUGCAAUCGCCUGCAGGGGAGACUCUUGGACGAGAAACGGAACGUCUGGUACAACGAACAGACACUGUACGAGUCGUCAGCAAAGAAAGAAAAACAAUCCGAAAGUCCCGACAAGUGUUUAGCAAAGAGGAUAUCCCGUUUCGGAAUUGGAGUUCCAGAGAAAUGCCACUCCGGGUUGGUCCUAGGUCCCACACGCAGGGAUCGACAGUGUUACGAAGCUUCAAGGUCGAACGAGAAGAACAUGAUGAAUCUGUACGUUCUCAUGGAGAGUGGCGUGAAAGUCUGGGAAGGCGAAGAGAAAGGUCGGUGCAGGUCCACGAAACGUUUCAGACACUUCAGAAGAUACGGUCUCUGCACGGCGGCGCAUUUUCUUUACGCUCUCGGCCCCUGGUCCGUGCAACCUGGAGAGAGGACGCUUCUACAAGGCCGUAGAUCGUUCAGUCUGGUCACCGUUCGUAGACAACCCGUUGACUCGGAACUGAGACUUCCUGUAUCGCGUAGACAACUCGGGACCAGUGUUUCUCAUACUUCUUUGCAGUUGGGUAGGUUUGGGUCGGUUGGGACCGCUGCCAAGGGACGAGUGAUAUUAUUUUGGACUCCGGAUUAUUGGUACAGACCUAGACCUGCGGCGGCUGCUUACAGGGAGCUGAGGCAACACUUGAACCACCUAAGAAAUUUUCGCCAAGAAAAGGACCGACCGAAACGCAAACUAUUUCAGAGAAAGAAAAAGUGUCCGUGCGAAGAAGAGUCCAUCAUCAGCACCGAAGAGAAACCCAGUCUUCUAGGACGAAUCUUCUCAAGUAACGGAACAUACAGAAAGAAGAAGAAAGUUCAAGACGAAGAGUCAAGUGCAACUCUACAACUAAGAAGAUUAUUAAGGAUGGACUUCAGAGUCACGAUCUGGGAUAUAGAUAGUACUAUACUGGCCACGCAGCUGACCCUCAUAGAUCGUGAUCUUUUCGUCCGAAUUCCCUCCGAGGAGAUCGAGAUCUUGGUCUUCCAAAGAAACUCCAGAAACGCUCCUAAUUUAGCAGCCUGGAUAGCCUUCAGUCAUCGAGUGUCUUGUUUGACUGUUAGCGAGAUUCUAGCGACGAGGAAGUUAGCCAUGAGGAGUAGAGUCAUCGCGAGAUUCGUUAAUGCCGCUAACAAGUGUUUCGCUAUGGGAAAUUUUCAUUCGUGCAGGUCCAUUUUGGCUGGGUUACAGGCGCCGCCUAUUUAUAGGCUACGGAGCAGUUGGUCCUAUUUGCGAACGCAUCAUGCUAAUAGAUACGAAAUGAUGGAACGGCUCAGCAAGAUCUACAAAAAUCCCUGUUGUUCCGUAUAUCGCCGAGCAUGGACAAAAGCGGAAAGAAACGUCCCUUCCCUGCCGUACGUCGGUGAUCUUCUAACAAGAGUUCUCGGUCUAAAUCCAGAAUCCCAACAGCAAAGUAAUUCCAGUCAUAUGAAAAAUGCAAGUCGCAGUCCCAAUCGUUUCAUCCAAAAGUCACUCAACAAUGAUGCAUGUCUGAAAAGUAAUCAGGAUUUAGAACAAAAACAAGGAUUGAGUAAACGUAUACUGGAGUCUGUUUUGACUAGAAUAAAAGGGGACCAAAAAACGAUUUACGAGGAGAAGACAGAUUUGUUGUGGACAUCUAGGGAACAGGACUUAGCGUGGAAAUAUUUUUACCGGUGGAACAAUAUUGUUCUCCAACGCAGGGCUUGUGUGGAAGAAGAGGAGAAGUGGAGGAACAUGGAUCCGAGGAUGAGACGAGUCCUCGAGGUUGUAUCUUGGUUGGUGGAUUGUCAGAAACGAGCUUCGGUGUUCGAUUUUCCGGGACACUCGUUCACCCGUGAGUUUCUAUUAAAAAAUAGAUACAGAGAGGAUCGAGAGAACUUCUUUAUUAGUAUGAAACUGGAACCGCCGAUGAUCACUUGAUCGAGAGUAUUAA